GAGAGCGGGUGCCCGCAGGCCGGGGUCCCUCCCGGGGCGAGGCGGUCCCCGAACAAAGCCUAGGGCGGGCCGAGGCCCGACUGCGGGGACUGCAGCCGCCUUCGCCCGUCCUGCCCGGGGAAGGCCGCGCUCAGGGAAUGGCCUCACAUCCAAGGGCCGGCGAGGAGCGGUGACCACGGGGCCUGGGCGUAGAGCUCUUCCUUGCAGGGACCCUGCCCUUCUCCCGGAGAGAAGCCACAAGCAGGAGGCUGCGGGGACAGGAAUUGACCUUAAAGCCAUGUCACAGGGCCUGGUGACAUUUGGGGAUGUGGCCGUGGAUUUCUCCCAAGAGGAGUGGGAGUGGCUGAACCCCGCGCAAAGGCACCUGUACAGCAGGGUGAUGCUGGAGAACUACAGGAACCUGGUGUCGCUGGGACUUUGUGUUUCUAAGCCCGCUGUGAUCUCCUCGUUAGAACAAGGAAAAGAGCCCUGGACAGCGCAGAGAAAGAUGACGAGAGGUGGGUGCCCAGACUUGAAUGCUGUGCGGGAGACCGAGGAGUUACCUCUAAAGAAGGACUUCUGUGAAGAGAAGUUAUCCCACGCAGUGAUUACAGAGAGACUCACAAACCAUAGUCUGGAGUACUCUGUGUUAGGGGAAAACUGGGGUUAUGAUGCUCUGUUUGAGACGCAGCCGGGCUUCAUGCAUGUCACUAACAUGGCUGUCGACCUCUCCCAGCAGCUGGACCCAGCUCAGAAGAGUCUGUGUAAGAAUGUGCUAUGGGAGAACCACGGCGACCCGGGUUCAGUAGGGCCUUGUGUUCCCAAGCCAGACCUGGUGUCUCUGCUGGAGCGGGCGACGGAGCCCUGGAUGGUGAAACGGGCGCUGACAGGAGGCCUGUUCGCAGGCCAGCAAUCUGUAUGUGAGACCCAGGAAUUAUUUCCAAAGCAGGAUUCAUAUGCUGAUGGGGUAACAGACAGAACCUCAAAUGCUAAACUUGAGUGUUCCACUUUCAGAGAAAAUUGGGAUUCUGAGCAUGUGUUUGAAAGGAAGUUUGUAGGUCAAGAGACACAAUUCAGGCAAGAGCCAAGUACUCAUAACAAAACCCUCUCUAAGGAAAGACAGCAUAUGUAUAACAAAUCUGGAAGAUGGUUCUAUUUGGAAGAUUCAGAAGAAAGAGUUCAUACUCAUGAUUCAGUUAAAAGUUUCCCCAAAAAUUCAGUUGUAAUAAAACAAACAGGCAUCUAUGCAGGAAAAAAACUUUUCAGAUGUAAUGAAUGUAAGAAAACUUUUACCCAGAGCUCAUCCCUUACUGUUCAUCAGAGAAUUCACACUGGAGAGAAACCUUAUAAAUGUAAUGAAUGUGGAAAGGCCUUUAGCGAUGGUUCAUCCUUUGCACGACAUCAGAGAUGUCACACCGGCAAGAAGCCCUAUGAGUGCAUUGAAUGUGGGAAGGCUUUCAUACAGAACACAUCCCUCAUUCGUCACUGGAGAUACUAUCACACUGGGGAGAAACCCUUUGAUUGCAUCGAUUGUGGGAAAGCCUUCAGUGACCACAUAGGGCUUAAUCAACAUAGGAGAAUUCACACCGGAGAGAAACCUUACAAAUGUGAUGUGUGUCACAAAUCCUUUAGGUAUGGCUCAUCCCUCACUGUACAUCAAAGGAUUCACACUGGAGAAAAACCGUACGAAUGUGACGUUUGCAGAAAAGCUUUCAGCCAUCAUGCAUCGCUCACUCAACAUCAAAGAGUACAUUCUGGAGAAAAGCCCUUUAAAUGUAAAGAAUGUGGGAAAGCCUUCAGACAGAAUAUACACCUUGCUAGCCAUUUAAGGAUUCAUACUGGGGAGAAACCCUUUGAAUGUGGGGAAUGUGGGAAAUCCUUCAGCAUCAGUUCCCAGCUUGCCACUCAUCAGAGAAUUCAUACUGGAGAGAAGCCCUAUGAAUGUAAGGUUUGUAGUAAAGCAUUCACCCAGAAGGCUCACCUUGCACAGCAUCAAAAAACUCAUACAGGAGAGAAACCAUAUGAGUGUAAGGAAUGUGGUAAAGCCUUCAGUCAGACCACACACCUUAUUCAACAUCAGAGAGUUCACACUGGGGAGAAACCCUAUAAAUGUGUCGAAUGUGGGAAGGCCUUUGGUGAUAACUCGUCCUGUACUCAACAUCAGAGACUUCACACUGGCCAAAGGCCUUACGAAUGUAUUGAGUGUGGGAAGGCAUUCAAGACAAAAUCUUCCCUUAUUUGUCAUCGCAGAAGUCACACUGGAGAGAAGCCUUACGAGUGUAGUGCGUGUGGCAAAGCCUUUAGUCACCGUCAGUCCCUUAGUGUGCACCAGAGAAUUCAUUCUGGAAAGAAACCAUAUGAAUGUAAGGAAUGUAGGAAAACCUUCAUCCAAAUCGGACACCUUAAUCAACAUAAGAGAGUUCAUAGUGGAGAGAGAUCCUAUAACUAUAAGAAAAGCAGAAAAGUUUUCAGGCAGACUGCGCACUUAGCUCAUCAUCAGCGAAUUCACACUGGGGAGUCGUCAACACGCCCCUCUUUACCUUCCACGUCAAGUCCUGUGGACCUAUUUCCCAAAUUUCUCUGGAAUCCAUCCUCCCUCCCAUCACCAUAAUCUCAAGGCAUCAUGUUCACUCUGCUACUCCAAUAGUUUAAUAGUCCCUCUCCCUGCCAUUU